CAACAUGUGGGCUCUACGGGAGAAAGCUGUGGUGGAGCCUAGAGGGGGAUAGUGCAGUCAGCUGGAGGAGGCAGAGCAUCAGCAGCAUCACACGGAGCUGAGGUUUUCUUCCAGCAUGCUUCUCUUCGGCUUUCUAUCACUGCUUGCUGUGCAGGCAGCAGUGCUGGGCUUGAGCGUCCAUGAUGACACCAUCACUGAGUUCUCAGUAAAAGUCUACCAUGAACUUAGAGCCACAAAUGAAGAUGAGAACAUCUUAUUCUCUCCUCUGAGCAUUGCUAUUGCAGUAGGAAUGGUGGAAUUAGGUGCUCGUGGAGCCAGUCUUAAAGAGAUUCGACAUGCCCUGGGAUACGACAAACUGAAGAACGGUGAAGAAUUUUCUCUGUUAAAAGAUCUUUCCAGCAUGAUGACAGCCCAAGAAAGACAUUAUGUGCUCAGCAUCGCAAACUCCCUAUAUUUACAGAAUGGAUUUCACAUCAGUGACAAAUUCAUCCAGCUAAUGAAAAAAUAUUUCAAGGCAGAGGUAGAAAACGUAGACUUUAGUCAAGGUUCAACAGUGGCCGAUCACAUCAAUGCGUGGGUGGAAAAUCACACUAAUAAUCGUAUUCAGAAUCUGUUCUCGUCUGAAGACUUCACGGAGUUAACAAAGCUGGCUCUGGUCAAUGCCAUCUACUUUAAGGGGAACUGGAAAUCACAGUUCAGACCUGAAAACACCAGAACCUUUUCCUUUACAAAGGAUGAUGAGAGUGAAGUGCAGAUCCCAAUGAUGUAUCAGAAAGGAGAAUUUUACUAUGGAGAGUUUACUGAUGGAUCUAAUGAGGCUGGUGGAGUCUAUCAAGUCCUAGAGAUACCAUAUGAAGGUGAUGAGCUCAGUCUUAUGCUCCUCUUGUCCAGACAAGAAGUUCCUUUGGCAACACUUGAGCCUCUGGUCAAGGCUUCACUGAUUGAUGAGUGGGCUAAUUCUGUCAAAAAGCAAAAAGUCGAAGUUUAUCUGCCAAGGUUCAAAGUGGAAGAAACUGUUGAUCUGAAGGAUGUUUUGUCAAGGCUUGGCGUCGUCGAGAUAUUCAGUAGACAAGCUGAUCUGUCUGCAAUAUCCGACAACAAGGAUCUUUACGUUGAUAAAGCCGUUCACAAGUCUUAUCUUGAGAUUAACGAGGAGGGAUCUGAAGCCGCUGCUGCCUCUGGAAUGAUUGCCAAUAGUAGGAUGGCAGUUCUGUACCCCCAGGUGAUUUUUGACCACCCAUUCUUCUUCUUGAUUAGAAACCGCAGAACUGGCUGUGUCUUGUUUAUGGGAAGAGUCAUGCACCCAGAGGCACUGAAUUCUGGUGGUCAUGAUUUUGAAGAACUCUAGUCCUAUAUAUACCUAACUAUGGAAAAUAAUAUAUAAGCACAUGGUUUGCAAAUAAUAUAAUUGAUGUUUAUUGUAUAAAUGUUUUUUUUUUUUUUUAACCUCUUCCAGGAUAUGUAUUAAACGGUAAGUUGAAUGUACGUAGGGAUUUAUAUAUAUAUUUUAUAAAGAGGACACCAUUGUGAAAAAGAAGAAGGUUCAGUCCGUAACUGGGUAAAUCCUGGUAGAUACCAUUUCUCUCUGCACUGUUCAUUGGGGCUCUCAAUACUGCAAAAGUAGAGAAGAUCGUUGGAUAAUAAAAGCCUGUGGAAACCCUACAUCUAGGCAUAUCGCCUCCAGUGUUACAUUUUUCUCCUUGUGUUUGUGUUUGUUGUGAUCGCCUGCCAAAUAAAGUUGUACAUGUGAAAAUAUAUUUUUAUUUAGAGCAUCUGUGUAAACUCCUGUUUUAUUAUACACAUCCAAGUGGGUGCAAAGUGAGUGCAAUAUGUGUUUUCCUUGUGCUAUAAAGUUGAUGUUUUGGAAAUAUA